AUGUCGCCAUCCGCAAAGACAACUGCAGUGAUGAGACACGUUCUUAUAUCUGAUGGAUGCCCGGUGGACGAUUCCGUGCAGUUUGUGCGCUCUUCUGAUCUUAAAGAAAGGAAGUUUUCUGUCAAAGCUGGUGGUUUCUUGAACAAUCUACCACAGGUCUUCAUGCAGUGUAAAGCACAUCUCUGUCACGCUUUGGACACCGACUCCCGCUGCUCACUCGGUUGUCUGUCGAGAGGAGGUCGAGUCCGCCGUGAUGUCAGCCUAACCUCGGUAUCUUUGACCGCGUCACUCUCACAUGGACCGGUAAAGACCAGACUCCGUCGCGGUACUGACCUCCACGUAGCCGAUGCUGCUCAGACACAAAUAUCCAAAUUGAAUCAAGCAACUAAGAUCACCAUCUUUGCCUUAGCUGGCGGUAUGCUGGUCAUAGCCAUCGCCUUCAUUGUUCUCGCUGUGAUGACGAGCAAGCGUCGACCAACUAACAAUCACAUCAGAUCAUGA